UUCAUCCUUUAUGACGUCACGCAAGCAGCAUCAUCCGUUCGCUCCGUCUCCAGGCUCUCCUCUCCUCCGUCUCUCCGGUGUCCUCGAACCAGAAAAAUACACCUCUCCGUGAGCCGUGUGUUUUCUCGUGGAAAUGGCCGAACUGGAGGAGAUGGCCGCGCAGCCUGGCGACUGUCUGGCGACGCUGAAAACCGAAUCGGAGUCGCUGAAGAUAAAACUGGAGGAGGAGAGAGCCAAACUGCACGAUGUCGAGCUGCAUCAAGUGGCGGAUAAGAUGGAUGCUUUGGGUCAGUUUGUCAUGAAGACCAGACGAACCCUGAAAGGCCACGGGAAUAAAGUGCUGUGUAUGGACUGGUGUAAAGACAAGAGGAGAAUCGUCAGUUCAUCUCAGGACGGAAAGGUGAUUGUAUGGGAUGCAUUUACAACAAAUAAGGAGCAUGCAGUGACCAUGCCCUGCACAUGGGUCAUGGCCUGUGCUUAUGCCCCCUCUGGAUGUGCAGUAGCUUGCGGUGGGCUGGACAACAAGUGCUCUGUAUACCCUCUAUCCCUGGACAAGAACGAGAACCUUGCAGCCAAGAAGAAAUCAGUGGCCAUGCACACAAACUACCUGUCUGCAUGCUGCUUCACCAACUCAGAUAUGCAGAUCUUGACAUCAAGUGGCGAUGGCACAUGUGCUCUGUGGGACGUGGAGAGCGGUCAGAUGCUGCAGAGUUUCCACGGACAUGCGGCUGAUGUGUUGUGUCUGGAUCUUGCCCCCUCUGAGACAGGAAACACCUUUGUGUCAGGGGGCUGUGACAAGAAGGCAUGUGUGUGGGACAUGCGCACGGGACAGUGUGUCCAGUCUUUUGAGACUCAUGAAUCGGACGUAAACAGUGUGCGGUACUAUCCAAGCGGAGACGCUUUCGCUUCAGGCUCUGACGACUCCACCUGUCGUCUCUAUGAUCUGAGGGCAGACAGAGAGGUGGCCAUUUAUUCAAAAGAAAGCAUCAUAUUUGGGGCAUCUAGUGUGGACUUCUCCCUCAGUGGGAGACUACUGUUUGGUGGCUACAAUGACUACACGAUCAACGUUUGGGACGUUUUAAAGGGAACCCGCGUGUCCAUCUUGUUUGGACAUGAGAACAGAGUCAGCACCCUUCGAGUUUCACCGGACGGAACAGCUUUCUGCUCAGGAUCCUGGGAUCAUACAUUACGAAUCUGGGCCUGAAUCUGGAACAUCAUCCUGCCUUUUAGCUUCAGCAAUAUCAGAUUGCUUGACUUUAUGACCGUCGCUGGAAUCCAUGAUAACCACAGACUCUAAUAGUGUGUUGAGUGCAGUAGAGUUUAUGAUAUUGAGGGACUGUAGUGCAUCCAAAUAGUCAAACCCGAACAGAAUCCCGCCUUUAGUGAGCACAAUCGCUCAGUUCACCAUGUGCUUGGUAUUGUGGGACUUUUAGCGUUAAUGUGGCCUCUAUUUCUAUGGCAGCAACUACUCCUCUACACUAGUAUACUACUUCAAUACUAUAUAUGUACUGUAUAAACAUGUGGAUGCAUUCAAUCUAGAACAUAUGUAUUUAGUUCAGGUACGAAUUGAUUUUAACUACUGGUAUUCAUCUAAAUAUAGAUAUAGAUAUAUAUAUUACAUUCCUUAUUGUUUAGGUCUUUGCAUGAGGCUGUCAGCUGAACAGAGACCAGAUUAUUAUUAACCCCUAUACUUAUAAAGCAUAUUGAAUGAGUGAAACAGAGGCAGAUGUUAGUGAUACUGUUUAUCGGACACUAUAUCUGGUUAGCAAGCUAACCGUGUUAUGCUCUAUCGCUCAUUAUAGUCUGCCUGUCACUCAGUUAUUAUGGCACUAGUUGUUUCUUACUAUAGCGAAGUGUAUAUACUAUUAUAUCAUAUAGAAUGUCACAACAACACAGAUAUCCCCACACUUAAUAAAUGGA